AUGUAUUUUUUCCUCAGUAACCUGUCCCUUGUUGACUUCUGCUACUCUUCUGUCAUUGCCCCUAAAAUGCUCGUAAAUUUCUGGGCAGAGAACCCAGUCAUUUCAUUCAAUGAAUGUGCCACUCAGUUCUUCUUUUUUGGUUCCUUCGCUGGCAUUGAGGGAUUCCUGCUGACCGUGAUGGCCUAUGACCGUUACGCAGCCAUCUGCAAACCUCUCCUUUACACGGUCACUAUGUCCCCCCAACUGAACGCCCUGCUGGUGUUGGCCACAUACCUCGCCGGCUUCAUAAAUGCUGCCGUUCACACGGGCCUCACCUUCCAGCUGUCCUUCUGCCACUCCAGCGUCAUCAACCACUUUUUCUGUGACACUCCACCCCUCCUGAAACUCGCGUGUUCUGACACUCGUGUCAAUGAAGCUGUCAUUUCUGCUUUUGCCAGUUUUAACGAACUGAGCUGCCUCCUGACUGUUCUCAUUUCCUGGCUCUACAUCCUUGCUGCCAUCUUGAGGCUCCGCUCUGCUGAGGGGAGGCGCAGAGCCUUCUCCACCUGCGCGUCCCACCCGAUGGCGGUCACCGUCUUCUUUGGCACAAUCCUGUUCGUGUACCUGCGCCCAGCGGCAGCUACUCAAUGGGCCAAGACAAAGCGGUGUCCGUGUUUUACACGGCGGUCAUCCCCAUGUUAA